AUGAAUUUCCCCACAAGAGAUCCAGAACCUGCCGGGAACACAUGGUUCAACCAAAACCCGCCAACUUUCGAUAAUGCGCUCGUAAAACGCUCCGUGCCCGUGUGCGGCGCCGGCCGGUCCCAAGAUGAAGAAUACAAUCUCGGCCUACAUGUGAUGGCCCUAUUUGUAGUAUUAGCACAAAGCUCACUCGCAUGUGCAUUCCCAAUCAUCGCGAAACGAGUCCCUUGGCUCCGCAUUCCACCCUCAUUCCUUUUCGGCGCCCGCCAUUUCGGUACCGGCGUCCUCAUCUCAACAGCCUUCGUACAUCUCCUCCCGACCGCCUUUAUCUCACUCAAUGACCCCUGCCUACCCGAGUUCUGGAACAAGCAGUACCCGGCCAUGCCUGGCGCGAUAGCCAUGGCUGCCGUCUUUUUCGUCACAGUCAUCGAGAUGCUGUUUACGCGCGGUCUGUGUAAGGGCGGCUUCUCUGAGCCGGACCAUCGGGAGGCAACGCUCGAGCUGGGGUGUACACAAGAGUGCAAGGAUGAGAAAGCAGCCAAAGAGUGGGGGGGUGCGGGUGGUGUGGUGAGGGCGGUGAUGGGGCGGGGGCGACACGGGAGCAAGGGAAGCGAGGAGAUUGGUGGGGCGGGGGGUGUCGGUGUGGUCGGUUUUGGGAUGGCGGGGAGAAGAAGGUCCAGGCGCCAUUCGUUCAGCCAGGGACUGAAGAUGUACGGUGAUAUGGGGAAGGAUCAGCAGCAGCAGGGGCAGAAAACGAGGCCGCCACUUAGCCCGGGAGCUGCAAGCUACAACCGGAGGAACUCGUCGGACACCAUUGCGCAGGCGGAUGAGUGUGCCGUUGAGGAGGAGGGUAAUGUCGAGGUUGAGGAGGAGGAUGAUGAUGUCGACGUUGAGUAUGAGAAGAAGGAGCCCGCGGAGUCCGUCAACGACGCUGAACCACAACAUGUCCACGGCAUCAACGGAAACUUGACCCCACAGCAGGUCCAUAAGAAGGCGCUUCUCCAGGUUGGACUCCUUGAGAUGGGGAUCUUGUUUCACAGUGUUUUUAUCGGUAUGGCGCUUAGCGUUACUGGCGGUCCCGGAUUCGUUGUCCUCCUUAUCGCUAUCGUCUUUCACCAGACGUUUGAGGGCCUUGCGCUCGGAAGCAGAAUUGCUGUUUUGGACUGGAAUCCAAAGGCAAUACAACCAUGGAUGAUGGCACUUGCAUACGGGCUCACUACACCACUCGGACAAGCAAUUGGGCUCGCUACACACACACUGUAUAGCCCGAAGAGCCAGACGGGUCUUCUUAUGGUCGGGGUCAUGAAUGCCAUCUCGUCGGGUCUUUUGGUUUUUGCGGGUCUGGUAGAGCUGCUCGCGGAGGAUUUCUUGAGCGACGAGAGCUGGAAUGUGCUCACGGGAAAGAGGAGAGUGGCGGCUUGCUUUUUGGUGUUUGCUGGCGCGUUUGGGAUGGCGUUUGUGGGUGCUUUUGCUUAG